GGCUUACUUGCCGGUAGUUGUGCACGAAAUGUGUCAGAAAUUAGUUUGAAAACAAGAAAUUUAACUCAAAUUUGUGUUUUUUAAUACUUGAAAUAAAUACACAGUUUUACAGCAAUGGAUUUGGACACAAUUUGCCCCGAUUUAAAUGGCUUGACACGCGCCUUAGCCCAGAUAGUGCACAAGGACUUAACAAAUGAUGAACGCCUGAGCAACAUACAGCCGAAGUUGGAGCGGGAUACGGGCGAGUUCUAUUGGAGCGCCCAAAAUAAGGAGCAACAGCAGAUGAUGGCUUACAUCCCCACACAGCACUCCAAGGAUCUGGACUUUGAGCUGAUAAAAGUGCUGCAGCAGAAGCUGUUGGACUGCAUUAUCAUAGUGGCCAUUGUGGAUACUACGGGCAACAUUCUGUACUAUCAAAUGACAGAGGGCUUUAAGGAGAAAUAGUUUGGGUAUUGUGUCUUUAAUCUGGUUAUUAUUCGCAAAUCUGUCAAAUUUCAAACUCAAAGCUUUCUUAAGGCCCUUGUGUUUUUUAGAGGAAAACUGCAUUUAUUAAAUAGCGAUAGAUACAUUUAUUCAAAAUCAUAUCAUAGUUCUGCAUAAAUAACAAUUAUGUGUAUAGCCCCAGGCUUUGGGAUGCCCCCCCAAGUCCAAUGACAGGAAUCGAAACUAUCCCAAGAUAAAUACCUUGAGGCUGUGCACAUAAUAAAAAUGACAAUAGAUCUCGCUGCAUUCCGGCGCGUGUAUAAUCAUAAUUGUAAUCAAUAAUCGUAAUAUAAUUAUCUUGACAUUAUUGUAACUUAA